AUGGUUCUAUGUUACUCAUUUUGUUUCCUUUUUUUGUUGUUUCUUCACAACAUUUCUUUCUCAGAAUCCCUUAAAAGCGGAUUCAGUGUGGAGUUGAUCCACCGUGAUUCACCAAAAUCACCCUUUUACCGUCCCACAGAAACUCAUUUCCAACGAGUUCAAAAUGCGGUUCUUCGUUCCAUUCAUCGUGCUAAUUACUCUCGACUAGAUCAUGAUGUUGAGACCACUGUAACACCAAGUACAGGAGAUUUCCUGAUGAAAUAUUCAGUCGGAACUCCACCAUUCCAAAUCUUUGGUGUAGUUGAUACUGGUUCCAGCACCGUUUGGAUGCAGUGUCAACCUUGUAAAAACUGUUACAAACAAGACAGACCCAUAUUCAAUCCUUCCAAAUCAAGCACAUACACCAGAAUCCCUUGUGUUGCUGCUGAAUGUUUGAGCGUGACAACCACAUUCUGCGAUUUCAACAACGGGAAGCAUUGCGCAUAUAAAAUCGGCUAUGGCGAUGGAUCAAUUUCAAAAGGAGAUUUCAGUAGGGACACCGUUACUCUAACUUCCAGCAGUGAAAAUCGUCCUAUACGAUUGCUCAGAACUGCGAUUGGAUGUGGACACGACAACGUUGGAACCUUUGAUCGCGAACAUUCUGGCAUAGUUGGCCUCGGAAGAGGACCUUUCUCACUCGCAAGUCAGUUAAGACCAGACACAGGUGGAACAUUCUCGUACUGUUUCACACCGAUGUUUGAAGGAGAGAUAAAACCUAGCUUUCUCCAUUUCGGAGAUCGUGCUGAGGUUACUGUUAAAACUGCGGUUCCAACCCCUAUGGUCAUAAACAAUGAAGCGUCCUUCAAGUACUAUUUGGUGAUGGAAGCGAUGACUGUGGGAAGCAAGAGAAUAGAGUUUCCGAGAAAUGGUGGAGAGGGAAACAUCUUACUUGACUCAGGGACAACACUCUCUUUUUUGCCAGAUCAGGUUUACUCAGCUUUGGAAGCAGAAAUGGUGAAUGCAGUUAAUUUGGUGCGUACUGAUAGCCCAAUAAAGAAAUUGAAAUUGUGUUACGAACUUACGUCUGGUCGGAAAUAUCAAAUACCGACAGUGUUUGCACAUUUCAAAGGUGGUGCGGUUGUGGAAUUGCAUUCUAUCAACACAUUUCUGAAGGUGAGUGAAACUAAAAUAUGUUUGGCUUUCGCUCCGAGGCCAAAAGCCGUCUUUGGAAAUGUGGCACAACAGGACAUCUUGGUUAGCUAUGACACACAACAUAACACAGUUACCUUCCUCAACACAGAUUGUACCUCGGAAUUAUAG